CCAAGGAAGAAACAAAAAAGCAAAGCCAUUGUAAGAUAUAUAGUAGUUGAACACUCCUCAUCCCCAUUCCUUCUUCCAAUGGAAACAUCUCAUCUAACACCAAAUCCCAUAUCCCCAUUUUUCUAUAAACAACAACAGAACCGACCACCUGUUCGAUCAAUUGCCCACAAGCAAAAAAUCCAAAUGAAUUAUCCAACUCUCUCAAACACCCGCUUAAUCUUCUUCAAAUGUACUCGAUGGCAACUAGAAGAAACCUUAGACAAAUUCUCCUGCCCAUUCCAUUACUACUGCGACACCAUUUACCCUGGCGAUUACCCUGCUGCCAUUGAUUUACUCGUUCUUAUCUUCACAGCAACCACUUACAUCUCCACCCUUUUGUUCAUGCUACUCGACAUGUCGUCAAAUCGUGGGAAAUUCUGUUUUGAUCAACCCAAGAAGUUCCUUUUACCAUCUGGGCCAUUUUCACUUCCGGUUUUCUUAUUUGUAUUAGCCAAAGGCCAUCGCAUCAACACCCUUUUCCCUCUAUUCUUAAUGGGUCCUCCAAUUCUUCAAUUAAUUUACAUCUCUGCUCUAACAUUCGACAAUGGCGCUGAUAAAGAUAUUAAGUUUGGAUGCUUUGAUCGGGAGUAAUUUUUCUGGGGAAUGCACAUCAUGUGUUUGUAGAAAUGCCCCACUAGUAGUUGGAGGUAGAUUUGUGACUUAUAGAGGUUGGUCAAGUACUACGUUUGUGAUUGUUUGUGUUUUGUGUACGAGAAUUGUGUGUCGGGUGGCAGGGAAUGAGGUGGUGAGGAAAGUUGUGGCGUUGAAAUGGUUGUUGGAAGGGUUGGGUUGGGUUCUGAUUACAUGGGAUUGUGUUUAUUUGAGUGCAAAUUUGGGAGCAGAGAGAAGGGAAUUGCAAGGGGUUGUUUAUGGUUGUGUGUUUGGUUUGGUAUUUGUUCAUGUCAUCAAAUUGUUGAGGAGAUGGCAACUGAUGUAUUGUAUAAGGAAUUAUAAUCAAUUGGAUAAAGUGUAAA